ACUACAGCAUGCCGCCAUCCCCCGGGCAACAUCAUCAAAGACAAAGACGCACAUAGAGUAAUACUCGAUGCUACAGCAAUAUACUGGAUUAAAAUGGAGACAUUUCGCUGCACAUACUGUCAGAAUGACAUACCCACAGUCAAGGUGCAGUGUACAGAAUGCCAGGAUUUUGAUUUAUGUCUACAAUGUUUUGCAUGUGGUGCUGAGAUAGGAAAACAUAAAAAAGAGCAUGAUUAUAAAGUGAUUGACAAUGGCCUCUUCAGAGUGUUUGGGGGUGGCGGAAUGUCCCCUGGGGGAGAAUCUCUUUGGACGUCACAAGAGGAAAGUUUGAUAGUUGAUGCAGUGGAACAAUAUGGCUUUGGAAAUUGGAAUGACGUUGCAAAAUCCGUAGUUACCAAAAUUUCUGAAGAAUGUCGUGUGCACUACUGCAAAUACUACAUUGAUGGCAACAUGGGGAAAGCUACUGUACCUAAAGAGAAAACAAUAAAGAUAAUUGACCACACUUGUCCUGAAGGUGGUCCUCUGUCUCCUAGUCUAACUGAAGCACUUCCCCCAUUAGAACUCACCAUACAAGAACAACAAGAACUUGGCUAUCUGCCACUCAGGGAUGAUUUUGAACGUGAAUAUGAUAACGAAGCUGAGCAGAGUGUUAGUGGAAUCUCUAUUCAUUACGAAGAUGAGGACAUUGACAUCGCAUUUAAGUUAGCACAAAUUGACAUGUACCGUCAAAGACUUAAAGAACGAGGGAGAAGAAAAAAAAUUGCUAGGGAAUUUAAUUUAAUCCAUUCUUCUUCCACCAUAGUUUCCAAAACUCAAAAUAAAAAUAAAAACAAGCAGUCAUCCAAGAAGAAGAUUUCUAAGACAAAUGAGUUUAAGGAAUUUCAAGAAAAAGUAAAACCGUUUGCUCAGUUCCAUUCCCCAGUUGAACACGAACAGUUUCUGAAUGGUGAACGGAAAAAGAAACAGAUAAAAUCUCGGAUUCGAGAACUAGGUAAACUGAGAAAGAAUGGUCGGACUAAGUUGAACCCUGUUCCGAAACAUACCAAUGGUUUUGGCCAUCUUGAUGGACCUUUACACAGUAUCGAAUCCCAAACGACAGGUGAUGAUCUCUUGACAGAGAUGGAGCGUAAAUUGUGUGACCAUAUAGGUAUGAAACCAGAUACCUAUUUAACAAUAAAAACAUGUAUUAUUAAAGACUAUAUGCAGCGACGUAGGGGUAUUCCUGUGAAAAUACGCUACCCUAUUAAUCUGAACAAAAUGCACCGAAGAAAAAUUUUAAACUUUUUGAGUGAUAAUGGGUGGAUAGCAAUGUCGUAGUGUAACUUAGCGCAUCACAUUCAGAGUGCAAUUUUAAUAUAACAUUUGUAUCUUUAAGGC